AUGUUGACGCGUCAUGCUAAAGCAACACGCAUGUCAUUGGCCUGUGUUACAUGUCUGCUGAUGUGCCGGGUUGAGGAGGGCUUCUUAUUGUUCCGUAAUUUACCAUUUGUGAGGUAAUACUGUUGUUUAUGUCAUCUCGCCUAUGCGGUGUCAUUAGGAGCACAACUAACCUUAAUAAAACAGGGUGCAGGUGAGCUAGCUAGCGUUACAUCCACACCUGCAUAAAAGAAGCUAACGUUAGCUCGCUGCUCUGCUAUAGAGAGUUAUAUAGGGUGUUAGGAUGGGUGAGGAAACUAACGACAUUAACGCAGGCAAUGGAGCCGCUAAUAACACCAAUGUGGAGGAAAACGGCGACACAGUGGAAGGCUGUGUCAAAUAUUACACAUUAGAAGAGAUACGAGAACACAACAUGAGCAGUGACACAUGGCUCAUCAUCCACGAUAAAGUGUACGACGUCACCGGCUUCCUUGAAGAGCAUCCGGGCGGUGAGGAGGUUUUGCUGGAGCAGGCAGGAUCAGACGCCACAGAGAGCUUUGAGGAUGUGGGUCAUUCCAUAGAUGCCAGGGAGAUACUCCUGCAGUACUUCGUUGGGGAGCUUCACAUGGAUGACAGAAAAAAGGAGAAGCCAAAGGAUGAAAAUGUGGCAAACUCAGGGUCCAGCAGCUCCUGGACCACGUGGUUGCUACCUGCUAUUGCCGCGAUCGUCGUCGGUGUCAUGUAUCGCUACUACAUGAUUGAACACAAGUCGUGUUGAGUGCUGGCAUCCCGUUUUCAUCUCAUUCUUUUCAUCUGGAGGCCUUGAAAUGUUUGACCAAAACCUCCCCACACUGAACACGCACAAUCAGGAGCGUCCACGUCUUCUGCAACAGCAAAAGGAGGACUGCAGUUUGAUAAAAUACUUUUGUCCUUGUGUAAAUCUACAUAGAGCGCACCAAACAGACAGUUGGGCAGAGACUUAAUUAAAUUGUCUGCCUUCCGUUUCAUUGUCACUAUGCCUGUUGUCAUUAAUGUUUGACGUUGUCUUUAACUUCAACUUUCAUAUGCAUUUGACCCAUUUUGGUCUCUGUAUGCUCACUACUCAUUUGCCUGCUCAGAGAAAUGUUAUAUUAACAGCCUGGUAAACAUCCACCAUUGAAGGAGAUGUUAGUAUGCAGAAUUUUGAUGAAAUUAAGGGAAUACUUAACCUUAGACUACACUGAAUUAUAACUUCCGAUGCAUUUUCUUAGUUUUAAUAACGUGAAAAAUGUUACUGCUUCUGUCAAUACGAAUCAGGAGUUUAUUCCAAUCACUGCUUACUUCACUGUUCUGGUCAAGCAUUGCUUGCAUUCAUCUCUUGGUUGUAAAUGCAUAAUCUUUACAACUA